GACUGACUAUUCAUUUAUUAAACAAGGACCUUAUGAAAUUCACGUUUUAUUGCUCUUUCUAAGAGUUAAAAUAUUGAUAUCUGUCGUUAAUUUGACGCUAUAAAUUAAAAUGUGUUCGCAAAUGUCAUCACAAGCAAGUUUUUUUAAUAAUUUAAAUUUUUAUCGUAAGCUUAAUUGUUUUUGGUGCUUUAUUGGGUUAUUAUUAUGCAUUUAUACUUUACACGUCGAAUAUUCUAUUGAAAACCAGCGGAAUUACCAGCCCUUUUGUGAAAUAAACCCAAAUAUAAAUUGUAGUCAUGUUUUUAUGUCCAAAUGGAGUAAGAGUUUUGGACUUUUGCAAGAUAUUUUAGGAGAACAACAUUGGCUUAUCCUACCAAAUCCUAUUUUUGCUAUUGCAUUUUACCUAUUUCAAUUGGUUUUAUGUGAGUUUGUUAAUAUUAAAACUGCCUUUCUACAAUUAUUCCUAUCCAUUUUGGCUAAUUUAGCAACAGUUUGGUUAGCUUACAUUUUGAUUCAACUUUCUAAUGUUUGCCUUGUAUGUGUUAGUAGUUAUCUUGUUAAUUUAAUAUUACUUUAUAUACAUAUUAAGAAAUAUUGCAUAUUUAAAAAUAUUAAAAUUGUUAAAUCCACCAUCGGUACUAGUUUUCCAAGUUCCUCAAAUUAUAGAAACAAGAGGGAUUGAUGACAUAUAUUUCCAAUCUUUUCUAUUUAUCUAUUGAUAAAUAUUAUAAUUACA